AAUACACCUAUACAAGAUAUCUCCAACCUUCCUGGGUCCCCAUGCAUACUCCCUUUUCAAAAGUGAUAAGAUUCUUGUGCCUAACAAACACUCUCCUCUUCUUUCCACCACCAAUGGUAACCAAAAAACCUCUGCAAAAAUAACAAAAUUAACCAUUUCAAUCUUACGAGAAAGUGUAUUUCCUUGCAAUUAAAUAAUCAUAAGCAACAUCCAAAAAAACAAAAAAGAAGUCCAAGUAGACAUGACAGAACUGAAAGAGGAUCAAGAAAAUCAUCAGCAGCAGCCGCAACGAACGCGGCCGCUGUGUGAUUUUUGUGGUGACAAUACUGCACUAUUGUACUGUAGAGCAGAUUCAGCUAGGUUAUGUUUUACGUGUGACCGUGAAGUUCAUUCAACUAAUCAACUUUUCACUAAACACACACGUUGGUUACUGUGUAACUUGUGUGACACUUCUCCGGCUUCUAUAUUAUGUAGUACGGAGAGCAGUGUUGUUUGUCAGAAUUGUGAUUGGGAAUGUCAUAAACAAGUGUCUGUUUCUUCUGUACAUGAAAGGAGGCCACUUGAAGGGUUUAAUGGAUGUCCUUGUGUAUCGGAGUUGUUGUCGUUACUUGGAUUUGAGGAUCUUGGGAAGAAGGAUCUUUCGUAUGGUGGUGAUGAUGUUUGUUCAGGUGAUGGUGGUGGAGGUUAUGGUUUUUCUGAUUGGGUUAUUUGGGAUACUCCAUCUGUUGUUAGUCUUGAUGAUUUGAUUGCUAGUAGUGAUUCUGGACAUAAUUUUCAAGCUGUUGGGGUUCCUCCUCUGCCCAAGAACCGAAAUGCUGCAUGUGGGAAACACAAAGAAGAAAUACUUUGUCAGCUUCGUGAAUUAUCUAAGUUGGAACCAAAUUCCAGUGAUGAUCAAGAUGAAACUGUACCAAAUAUAGGAUUUCAAUAUAUGGAACCUGCCCAGAAUCUUCAAUCAGGUCCUAAAGGUUCAGGAUUUAUGCAGAAGACAGAGCAACAUGUAGUUCCUUCAUCCGAGGGAAGUGCCUUUAAUUGGUGUGGUGAUAGUGGUGAAUUCGCAGAUCAAGGUUUUUCUUCUUCUUUAGCGGACUGCUUCAUUGAGACGAAGUGUUUAUUUCCCAACAGAGAUUCAGAUGUUUGUGAUGCUUCUGGUAGAGCAAAUGAAGAACAAUCUCACAAUGCUCCCACUACUGAAACAUUUCAAAUGGUACCUAAAGUUGCUCAUCGUGAGUUAAACAGCCAAGAAAGAGAAACUGCAGUGUCACGGUACAAGGAGAAGAAGAAAACAAGGAGAUAUGAGAAGCAUAUUAGGUAUGAGUCAAGGAAGGCUCGGGCAGAAAGUAGGACGCGAAUCAAGGGGCGUUUUGCCAAGAUGGAUUACAGGGAUUCCUCCGUGCAUCAGUAGUGUCAAAGGUUUUAUCUUUUCCAAAUAAGGUUGCAAAAGCAAACAAUCGAGUACGUUCUGCUGGAAGAUCAUCGGUAUACUGCAAUGAAGGUUUCGUUAAUUCUGACAUGUGGACUGCAAAUCUUUUAUCAGCUCGAUCGCAGGAUCUAUUGAGGCACGGAAGUCGUCUUUCAGCAUGUAUUUAUAGUAAUUUGUAAAGCUAAAAGUUUAUAAAAACAUGUGUAGCUGUGUCUGGGUGGAAAAAGAGAAAAAAGUGAGAUUUAGUAUAGAUGUUUUAUCUAGCUUGCUGUGUAUGUAGCUUUUGCAGUUCAGCUUAUAUAUACCUCAUUGAAAUGUCUAAACGAAUACGUGGACUUCUGCAUUCAAUGUUCAUAUAUUCGUUUAUUA